CUCCAGUUCCUUCUUCCUCUGAGCUAUCGUGAAUCAAUGUCCGAAUCGCACGGUUUGGAGGUGCAGGUGGAGGACACGGCAGACUCACCAACGAAGCCCCAGCAAACCCUGCAGUCUCGUGCCAAGCGACUAGUCCUCUGGCACAAUCAAAAAUGGAAGGGCAUACGGCUUCCCGGAGUCGCAUUAUUCUUGUUUAAAUACUUCUUCCUUGGAUUCGCCGUAGCCCCUAAGGAUGUUCCACGAGACGCUUGGUGGGGUGUCACUCUAACGGCCUGUGUGUGCAUGGGCUCUGCAGUGCUUCCUCUCCCUUUACCAGCCUUCUGCGUAUUCGCCUUAGCCCUAGCAGGCUUGUCUGGAGGGAUGACGUCUGAAGAGCUCUUCUCGGGCUUUGGUAGCCCAGACCUGUGGUUCAACAUGUUCAGCUUCAUGACCAUGAGAGCUUUCACUGUAACAGGCCUCGGCAAGAGACUCGGCCUCCUAGUUUACAAGUAUAUAGGAUUCAACGUCCUGUUGGUGGCCUAUGCUAUCUGUACACUCGAGCUCAUCUUAGCUCUAUUCAUAACAUCUCCAGCCGUACGAGCAGUCGGGUUGAUCAUGCCCAUCAUGGUAGCAUUACUUGAGCACGGCUUUAAGUCUUCCCCUCAACUGGGCACUCAGCGAGAAGUGGGUAGCUAUCUGAUUCUCGUAGAGGUAACAGCCAACGCUUUCGCCAGCGCUUGUUGGCUCACUGGUUACAACGACGUUAACCAUUUCAUCGCCAACUAUCUUGACGAGCAAGGUUUGGAUGUCAACUUCAAUUUCUGGGCGACGCAGGUCGCCAUACCUGUACUAAUUGCCGUACUUUUGGUACCCCUGAUGAUGUACUUGUUGCAUCGACCUAAGUACGUCCGUAGACCCAAUGCAUACGACGACGCCUGCCAACAACUGAGGUCAUGCGGCCCUAUAUCAUGCUCUGAGGUUAUUGUAGCCCUAGUCUAUGUCGCCACUUUCGCCCUUUGGGUUGCCGCCUCAAUGUCCCCUGGCUUCUACAUCAGCGAUAUGAUUAUCGCUUCCAUCGGCAUCACAGCCCUUCUAGUGUUGGGUAUAGUAGAAUCCGACUCAGCAGUACUUGAGGAUAAGCGUCCCUUCAGAAUGCUCAUAUAUUAUGGAACGCUCCUGUCGAUCAUCCAAACGGCCGUGUCGAAGGGAUACUGGGCAUAUCCGUUCGCUGGCAAGUACGUUGUCGGUUGGCUAUCGGGAAAACCAGUCGGCAGCUCUCUUCUGCUUGCUUCCAUUGUUAUGUACUUUACUUCUUAUGUUUAUACUUCCCCAUUGGCCCAUACGAGAGAUUUCUACCCGCCCAUAUUCGAGUCUUUGAUCCAAAACGGAGUUCCAUCUCAUCUUGGCUCGAGUGUCUUAUCGUAUGUCACUAUGGCACGCAAUAUUUCCCCGUAUACUUCCCCCACGAAUCCUGCCUACUAUGCCCUUGGGUACGUAACCGUCCGUCAGUGGUGGUUCUGCGGUAUAGCAUCACUCGCACUGAACUACCUCUUCCUCAUCUCUGUAGGGUUCCUGUGGUGGUUUAUUAUUGGUGACUGGUGA